GUUUUUCCGUAGAAAACAUCCUGUGGAUGCGUAUCAGUCACUGCUCCGCCCUCGAUUGCUGCAGUUCGCCGUUACUGAGUACAACACUUCUGCACCGGGCAGUCUGCAAAAUAAAGUGACUGCAAAUCCCUUUUUUUGAUCGCAAACGCCGAGCUCACAUCUGGACUUUUAGCAGGGUUUAUGGUUUAUUUUCAAUAUGGAUUAAUAAUCAGAUCCUGACUGCAGAACGGGCGAUUUGUCACGACUGUUUCUUCCACAUUAGCCCUACCAUGUAUCCGACGUUUCGCACGCUUUUACUAUCAAAUGCUCGGUGCUGGGAUGCCGACAGCAAGAGGUCAUGUCAGGACUUAUUUGAGAGGCUUGAUACCAAUAAAGAUGGGAAGGUGGACGUCGCUGAAUUGCGAGCGGGCCUCAAGGCAAUGGGCAUAUUUCGCCAGGGUGCCGCACAGAAAAUUGUGUCGUCUGGGGAUCAGAACAAAGAUGGGAGUCUCGACUUCAACGAGUUCAGCAAAUAUCUGAAAGAGCACGAGAAGAAGCUGCGGCUGACAUUCAAGAGUCUGGACAGAAACAACGACGGGCGCAUUGAUGCCUCAGAGAUCCAGCAGUCCCUUGCAGAGCUGGGCAUGGAUAUCAGCAGAGAGAAUGCCCUGAAAAUAUUACAGAGUAUGGAUAUUGAUGGGACGAUGGUGGUGGACUGGAACGAGUGGAGAGAACACUUCCUGUUAUGUCCUGCUCACAACCUGGAAGAGAUCAUACGCUACUGGAAACACUCCACGGUGCUGGACAUAGGUGACAGUCUUGCCAUCCCAGAUGAAUUCACAGAGGAGGAGAAGAGCUCAGGUCGCUGGUGGAAGCAGCUUGCUGCAGGUGCAGUGGCGGGGGCGGUCUCUCGCACUGGUACUGCCCCUCUGGACAGAGUGAAAGUGUUCAUGCAGGUUCAUUCUUCUAAGACCAACCGGAUAAGUCUGGUCGGGGGCUUCAAGCAGAUGAUCAAAGAGGGAGGUAUAUCUUCACUGUGGAGGGGAAAUGGGAUCAACGUUUUAAAGAUCGCACCGGAGACGGCAAUCAAGUUCAUGGCAUAUGAACAAUAUAAGAAGUUGUUGUCAUCAGAGGGCAAGAAGAUUGAGAUACAUAAGAGGUUUAUGGCUGGCUCUCUGGCUGGAGCCACAGCACAGACGUCCAUCUACCCGAUGGAGGUAUUGAAAACUAGACUGACUCUGAGGAAAACUGGUCAAUAUACAGGAAUGUUUGAUUGUGCCAAGAAGAUCCUGAGGAAGGAGGGUAUUAAGGCUUUCUACAAGGGCUACGUUCCAAACUUAGUGGGCAUAAUUCCCUACGCUGGGAUAGACCUGGCCGUUUAUGAGACUCUAAAGAACACGUGGUUGACGUACCACGCCAAAGACUCGGCUAACCCUGGAGUUCUGGUGCUGGUGGCCUGCGGGACCAUGUCCAGUACCUGCGGCCAGCUGGCCAGCUAUCCGCUCGCACUAGUGCGCACACGGAUGCAGGCACAAGCGUCUCUGGACACAUCAGACCAGCCCUCCAUGAGCAGUCUGAUGAAGAAGAUUGUAGCUAAAGACGGCUUUUUCGGACUCUACCGGGGCAUCCUGCCAAACUUCAUGAAAGUCAUUCCCGCUGUCAGCAUUAGCUAUGUGGUGUACGAGUACAUGAAGACUGGCUUAGGAAUGUCCUAAUGAUGCUGCAAGCAAAUAAAGAAAGAACAUUGACUUUAUUUGUCAGGCUUGAAAAUGCCUUAAAUAACUCCAAGAACACAGACACACAUCAGACAUGCAGAGCAUGACAUCCGCCUGCUGGCACAGGAGUCCAGCGGAUUGAAAACUGUAUGUAUCCCACUAAGGGUUGUAUGUCAGAAUGUAGGGUUAUAAGGGCUGAAACUAAAUAUAUAAAUACAUAAAUAAUUAUAUAAAUAAAUUCUUAAAUAAAUGUACAUCAAAAAUAAAUAAAUAUACAAUUUUAUAAUUAAAUAAAUUGAUAAACAAUUAUAUAAGUUAUAUAUAUAUAUAUUUAAGGUCUCAUUUAAGAAAUUAAGCAUUAAAUUACAUGAUUAUUUGUUUAUCAAUUUCUUUAAUUAUAAAACUAUAUAUUUAGCAUUUAAAUUGUAUAGUUAUUGAUUUAUUUAAGCACUUUAAAUAUGUAAUUAGUUAUUUAUUUUAUAUAUUUAUUUUUUGCCCUUACAACCGUCCAUAUCUCGGUAGCUAAAGCAUUUAUUGUUUGUGCUAAGCAUGCUUUAAUUUAUAUCCGACUGUUCCACAUAACACACCCAAAAUAUGUGCAUUGUCGAAAAUAAUAUUUGACAUAAAGAUAGUACUGUACUAAAUACAUACAUAAAAUUAGAAAACAUGAUACAUCAUGGGUUGUGUAAUAUCCUACUUUUUGAAAUGUGUGAUCAAACUAGAAUGGUAGCUCAGUGGGACAUACUGUGUGGUGCAAUUUGGUAACAAAAUAAAUAUUGUUCUUUGGAAACAGCUGGAGUUUAUCCAAUAAGCAUUAACAGCAGAGCUAAUAAAGAGCUAUAAGGUAAAAUGACACUACGGCAGUUUAAACAUUUAAGUCCACACCCUUUAGCGGUAAUUUAAGACUUUUCUAAAUUGUAAACACCUGCCCCUAGAGUCAGCUCCAGUCAGCUGCUGUCAACUAAAAAUAACUGUCCCUGAAAAAUCAAUUAUUUGUUAACACUGGAACUCUGCAUGAAGACAAAUGCAUCUUGUGCAAUGUGAAAAUCACUAAUUAUAUGUGUUAUUUGAUAAUUAUUUAAAUGUGCCUUACAGCCACUAAAUGUGAACUCAUGUGUCAAAAUGUGUUUUUUUAUACUAUAUAUGUAUAUAUACUGCAUUUAUGUACUGUUUUCAGUUAUGAUUAUGUAUAGGUUUUAAUGGUUUAAUGGUUACUACAUAGCAUGGUAACACUUUUAAACAGUUAUAGCUGGACAUUUCGGUUGAAAUACUCGCAAGGAGCAUGUUUUUGUCUUGUGUCACUUCUCAUUUCAACACAUCAAGACCUUUACCCCCAAACACACACACACACACACACACACACACACACCCACACACGUCCACAACAAGAUACUGUUACCUUUAACAUUGAAUGACUUGUUCUCCCACACAGACCAGACUAGUGGGACAUUUGUAUCUACCAUGUAAGAUAACAAUCAGCCUAUUAUCUUUAUUAUAAGGUACAUUAAUAAGGAUUUUAAGAAACUAAAACUGGUCUUGGUUCAAUAGUUGUUAACCUGAACAUGUGGAAACUUCACUUAGAAGUUUAACAUGGUCUCUUUCCUGGAAGACUUACAUGGUUACAAUGGUUCAGUGGUGUCAAGUUCAGCUCUUCAGUGUGGGGAUCUCUGUUAACAGCUUCACCUGGUGGUUACUAAAAACAAAACACAUGGACUAAACUGUUAGCCCAGUAAAAUACAAGUAAUCCAGAUCAUAACAUUAGUUAAGACUUAAGUUUUUGUUUUCUUUGAUCAUCUCAGUUCAGGGUAUUAGACUCUUUUUAUUCUAUUCUAAAAGGAUCCAGUUGGCCAGCAAUCGAUGUAAGAGAUACUGUUGUGACAAAACAGGCAGAAUGGAGACUAACUAACACAGAGGAAAUUAUUCCAUCUUCUUUGUAUUUGUGAUUUGGCUCUCUAACUUUGAUAGAGAGCAUUAUGGUCAUCAAGUCAAUCCCACGUUCUCACAGUUUGAAUUUGCUUUCAUUCAUUAUACAAAAGGGAUCAAGAGAUUUGUGGAAAUUAUUCAAGAUAAUAUGAAAAGGACUCUCCCCAAAAUUAAGACAAACAGGGUUUAUAUCCAAAUCAACCAAAGGAAUGAAUGUAGUUUAUGGAAAUUAUUAUUCCUUUGUCUUCCACAUCAUGCAGACAUAAAACAAUACAGAUGUAUCAGAACCCUCCCUAUAGCAAAUGAAGCUACUGAUAUACUGAUAUGGCUGGUAAACAGUGUGAAGUAUCAUUGAUUAGAGAUCUAAAAGAUGAGGAUUUGAGCAAUGUGAGGAUGGUAAAGCCAGUCUAUGGAUGUCUAACAAUCUCAAUCUUCAUU